CAGGUUUUGCUAUGCCGCAGUGUUUGUACUGACUCUGCUGUCUUGUAGGAGUGAUGGGGAACUAGAGCCCAUGACAGUUCAGUGGAGCCCUUGGCACUUUUGAUAUCUUGACAUCUUCAGUCCUGUAAGAGCAGCCCAGUCCCAGGAUAAGGACAGCAGCAGGUGGUAGAAUGCGGAAACCAGGCCCUCAGAAAGCCAUAGACUGGAAAGAUGGUAAAAAGCACAAGUACAGCCGCCCGUCAGAGUCUCCCUCCCAGUACCAAGGUCACUUCACGUGGGAGAAGUACCUGAAAGAAACAUGUGCCAUCCCAGCUCCUGCCCAUUGCUUCAAGCAGUCCUACACUCCACCUGCAAACGAGUUCAAGAUCAGUAUGAAGCUGGAGGCCCAGGACCCCAGGAACACCACGUCCACGUGCAUCGCCACCGUGGUGGGGCUGACGGGCGCCCGCCUGCGCCUGCGCCUCGACGGCAGCGACAACAAGAACGACUUCUGGAGGCUGGUGGACUCUGCUGAGAUCCAGCCCAUUGGCAACUGUGAGAAGAACGGAGGGAUGCUGCAGCCUCCUCUGGGCUUCCGCCUCAAUGCCUCCUCCUGGCCCAUGUUCCUUCUGAAGACUCUGAAUGGAGCAGAGAUGGCUCCUGUCCGGAUUUUUCACAAGGAACCACCAUCUCCUUCCCAAAACUUCUUCAAGACAGGUAUGAAGCUGGAGGCAGUGGACAGGAAGAACCCUCACUUCAUCUGCCCGGCCACCAUUGGGGAGGUGAGAGGUUCUGAGGUCCUGAUAACAUUUGAUGGCUGGAGAGGUGCCUUCGAUUACUGGUGCCGAUAUGAUUCCCGGGACAUCUUUCCCGUAGGCUGGUGUUCGCUGACUGGAGAUAAUCUGCAGCCCCCUGGUACAAAAGUUGUGAUUCCAAAGAGCCCUUUACCUGCCUCCGAAGUAAACUCGGAGAAACCUAGCAUGCACAGUAGCACAAAGACUGGUUUGGGGCAUCAACAAGGGCAAAGGCGUCGCAAAACAGGGAAGAAGCGUGGUCGAACGACCAAAACACUAAUCCACCACCCCAUGCCUACACCCUCCAAGUCAGUGGAGCCUUUGAAAUUCCCCAGAAAGAGAGGCCCCAAGCCUGGCAGUAAGAGGAAACCUAGGACAUUGCUGAACCCAGCACCCACCUCUCCAACAACCAGUACCCCAGAGCCAGACACAAGCACUGUGCCCCAGGACGCUGCUACAAUCCCCAGCUCUGCCAUGCAGGCUCCCACAGUUUGCAUUUACUUGAACAAGAACGGCAGCACUGGGCCCCACCUAGACAAGAAGAAAGUUCAGCAGCUGCCAGACCAUUUUGGACCAGCUCGAGCUUCUGUUGUCCUGCAGCAAGCAGUACAGGCCUGCAUUGAUUGUGCUUAUCAUCAGAAAACAGUCUUCUCCUUCUUAAAACAAGGCCACGGGGGAGAGGUGAUCUCAGCUGUGUUUGAUCGGGAACAGCACACUCUGAACCUGCCAGCAGUUAACAGUAUCACCUACGUCCUCCGCUUCCUGGAGAAGCUGUGCCACAAUCUGCGCAGUGACAACCUCUUUGGGAACCAGCCUUUCACUCAGCACAGCCACAUGCAGCGCUCUCACCAGUACGACCACGACAGGUAUCUACCAGACAGAAGCAGUUCCUUAGACGGCUCUCUGCAGGGACCAGGCCGGGGUACAAAGCGCUUUUCCCAAGACCCCCCUCCAUACAGUGCUCCUCUCUCCCCCAAGGUACCAAAGAAUGACCGUCACCCUUUGGAAGGUGAAACCUUUGUCCUGGCAGAUGGCCUCCCAGGGCCCUUAGAGCCUCGCCUGGACCCCAUGGACUCUGCCUUGAACUCUGUCAGUUCAUCCAGCCACAGCAGGAGCUCCAGAGACUUUCGCCUGCCGGGAUACAGGCACCUGCAGCAGCCCUGCAGCCUCAGCCAGGGCAGCAGCUCUGCCCUGCGCAGGCUGAGCUCUGGGGGCUCGGACAGGUACCCGGGCUCCAGGGACAGCUCCAGGGACAGCUCCCGGCUCAGCAGCCGCGACCCCUCGGCCUGGACGGUGGAGGAGGUGAUGCAGUUCAUCCGCGAGGCCGACCCGCAGCUGGGCCCCCACGCCGACCUCUUCCGAAAACACGAGAUCGACGGGAAGGCCCUGCUGCUGCUGCGCAGUGACAUGAUGAUGAAAUACAUGGGGCUGAAGCUGGGGCCUGCCCUGAAGCUCACCUACCACAUUGACAAGCUAAAGCAAGGCAAGUUCUGAGAGGACUCCUGGCAGGAUGGACCCUGGAAGCUCCGCUCCCGGCCGCCCCACCCGCGCUCACCUGCCACAGGUUCGCAUGCACACACCCCUUCCGCCGCAGCAGACAGACGGACAGACGGACAGACGGACACUCCCGACGCCAGCCGGGCCCCCGACAGCGCUCAGGAGGAGCCUGGCACAGCCGGGCUCUGCACCAGGCUGAGCUGUGGGCACUGGCACAGCCGGGCUCUGCACCAGGCUGAGCUGUGGGCACUGGCACACCUGAGCUCUGCACCAGGCUCGGGCUGUGGGCACUGGCACAGCCGGGCUCUGCACCAGGCUGAGCUGUGGGUGUUGGCACAGCCGGGCUCUGCACCAGGCUCAGGCUGUGGGCACUGGCACAGCCGGGCUCUGCACCAGGCUGAGCUGUGGGUGUUGGCACAGCCGGGCUCUGCACCAGGCUGAGCUGUGGGCACUGGCACAGCCGGGCUCUGCACCGGGCUGAGCUGUGGCUGUUGGCACACCUGAGCUCUGCACCAGACUCGGGCUGUGGGCGUUGGAAGCCGAGGUCUCUCCCUGCUGCCCAGCCAGCAUUUCUCCAUGAGCUCCCAGUCCUGCUUCCCUGGAUGAAGCGGCUCCAGCAGGGCCUCCAGGACCCGGUGUUUGCCUCAGCUCCUCCCUGGGCCUGGGGGGCAGCCCCUGGGCACUGAGCCUGCCCAGCCUCCAGGGGCUCGGUGCCCCCAGCCCUGUGCCACCACAGCGAGCUCAGAGCCCUGUCUCCAAACUGGGGGAGCCCAUCCACCUGGCUCUGCCUGCCCCCAGCUCCUGAGCUGGCUCCAGCUGGGCACACUGGGCUAGGGGUGCAGGCCUUUGUAUUUAUUCCAGACUGGGGAGGCCGUGUGGGGCAUGGAGAGAGCUGGGAGAGCUGAGCAGGGCUGGGCCUGGCCUGCCCCUGGCACAGAUGGGCCUGGGCUGGUGUUGGAGGCUGCCUGGGUGCUGCAGGACUCAGCUGAUCCUGCUCGCCUUUUUUUAAUUUUUUUUUUAAUUUGGAAUUUUUUUUUCUACUAAGGAGUUGUCUGUUUCAAACGAUGAGAUGAUUUUUCUACCUGUGUUGAACUCGCAGCUCUUGGUGGUUUUUAGCCAGAGCUGCUAAGGUUUGUCUUCCCAGGGGCACUGCUGCUCCUCUAUAGAGUUUUGGUCUGUCCCAGCUCAGCGUGUGUGAGGGUUUUGGGUCUGGCCAGAGCAUCCCAGGAUGGUGACCUGUCCUGGCAUCUCUCAGAAGAGGGCUUUGUGAGGGCUGUGAGGGCUUUGCCCUUCCCGAGGCACCUAUUGGUCUCAGGCAGUUUAAUGUAUUUAUUUUUGAUGGCACUUGAGUGCUUCCCAUGGUCCCAGACAGGUUUCUGCAGCUGCACGAGGAGUGUCAGAGUGGAGCCACCGCAGUGGCCCCUGGACAGCAGCUGCCCAGACCCUGGAGCAUCCCUGGCACCAGCCUGGCAGGACAGAGCUGAUGGUGCCAGGGCACACAGCUCAGCACGCUCCCUCUGCAGUGACCCAGGGGCUGGGACAGAAUCUCCACUCCAAGCACUUCCCUCUGCUGUCCCCAGCCUCUGCAUGGGAGCCACAGCUCACACCUCCCCUGCAGCCUCCAGGGCCUGGCCAGCAGCAGGACGGGCCCCUGUGGUGGUGACCAACCCUCCAGGCUCUUGCACUGAGUCAGGUUUACCCCUAAGGGGCAAAGUUGCAAAAAAAAAAAAAAAAAAGAAAAAAGAAAAAAUACCCCAAACCCCAAAGUAAUAAAAUGGCUUUUGUCCUGUAGCGCAGCCUGCGCUGCUCGCGGGGCCCUCGGUGUGUCCCUGCCCCAGGGGCAGCCUGUGCUUUCCUCUGCACUUAUUUUACCUUGAUUUGUUUAUAAAUAAAAGGAUACCAAGUUCC